AUGCGGAGAACGGGCACGGACCUGAGUCCGGGCGGUUUAAGCCGAAGUGCCUGGGAAGGGCCACGAGUGGAAACUGCCGUGACGGGACGGGGCUCGCGUGUGGGCCUCGCCGCGGCUUGGCGGGCGGACCAUGUGCGCUCGAUGUGCUUUGAAAUCUUGAUUAUGGUGGAUUUUUGGGUCCCACCACAUGACAGGCUCCUGUUAUCUGAAAGCCUCCCCGCGGAGGCCUUCAUUAGCAUAUGUCAGGGGGACCGCCGUAUAUAUAUAUACACACGCGGGGCGUAUAAACACCACCCCGCUGCCUGGCUCACACCGGCACGGCUCGGCACGGCUCAGCACGGCUCGGCACGGCCCGGCCCUGCCGGCUCCCCAUGCUUGGGACCCCGCCGCGCACCCCCACAUGCCCGCCGGGAGAGGCCGGCAGCCGCUCUCCGCCGCCGCGCCCUAGCCCGCUCGCCCCGCGCCCCCAUGGCUCCGCUGGCCGAGGUGGGGGGCUUCCUGGGCGGCCUGGACGGCCUGGGGCAGCCGGUGGGCGCCCACUUCCUGCUGCCGCCCGCCGGGGAGCGCCCGGCGCUGCUCGGGGACCGCCGGGCGCCGGCGGAGCGGGCGGCCCGCGGCGGCGGCGGCGGUGGCGGCGGGGGCGGCGCGGCGGCGGCGGCGGCGGCGGCGGACCUGGCGCACUUGCAGGGCAUCCUGCGGCGGCGGCAGCUGUACUGCCGCACCGGCUUCCACCUGCAGAUCCUGCCCGACGGCAGCGUCCGCGGCACCCGCCAGGACCACAGCCUCUUCGGUAUCCUUGAAUUCAUCAGUGUGGCAGUGGGACUGGUCAGUAUUAGAGGCGUGGACAGUGGCCUUUACCUUGGAAUGAAUGAGAAGGGAGAACUCUAUGGCUCUGAGAAACUAACUUCUGAAUGCAUCUUCAGGGAGCAGUUUGAGGAAAACUGGUACAACACUUACUCGUCCAAUGUGUACAAACAUGGAGAUUCGGGGCGGCGGUACUUCGUAGCACUUAACAAAGACGGUACUCCCAGAGAUGGGGCAAGGUCCAAAAGACACCAGAAGUUCACACAUUUCUUGCCCCGGCCCGUGGAUCCUGAAAGAGUUCCAGAACUGUACAAAGAUGUAUUAGGAUACAGCUGAGGAAGGAGGCAACUUUGGAAAAAACCCCAUACUGGAGCCAUUGCCCUUGCUUUCAUGGCAAUCCCAGCAUAAGGAACCUGCAGAGGUCUAGGAUGCUGGAUUAGAAGAAGCUACUUUGUGAUAGGCAAGCCUCUGUUUUCUAACCUUUGGAUUUAGGAGACAAAGCCUUAAAGCUGAGAGUGGACCAGCCUCCUUCAAACUCACUGAACUGUUUCGUAGCCAGUAACCAGAGGGAAGUUGGAGUGUGACUUUUUUAAAAAUAACAAACUCUUGGCAGUUUUGUCUGGAUUACCUAUGGUCCAUAAAUUAGCAAAGAACUACCUACAUCAUGUGGAUGAGACAACAGCUGGAAAUAAUAGAAAGAAAUGGACUGUAAAAUAGUAAUAAAUCCUGAGAACUGUAUAUGAAGUUUUAGUGGCUCCACUUUAGUGACGGACCUUAGAUGUCGAUGCAUCAUAGUCAGAGCUGGAACUUUUCUUCAGGAUGGACCUAUUUAUACAUUUCCAGAUAGCAAAUAUUUAUUUUAUAUAUUUAUUUAUUAAAGAGUUUAUUUUUUACUGGGAUAUGAAGAGAAUACAAGCCCCUAACCCCAAUGAGAAAUCAUUUACAGUGCCAAUAUUUACUCUGAGUAGUGUCAUCAUACAGAAAUGGCAUUACAUUGCAAUGCAUCCAAAACCUGAACAUUCAUAUUUCAUGUUUCAGAUAAGGUUAUAUUUUAUGCACAUACCAUUGCCUUGUGACUAUCCUUAUUUUGGAAAGAAUGUUUAAUUAUU